UAACAUGAUACAGGAAGUCUCGUGCCACUUUCCUCUAGUCUCUCUGGAGCACUUCAGCGAGAGUCCCCUAAAGGCUCGUAUCUGCUGCUGGAAACCCCUCGAAAGACUAGACGUAUCCACCGCAGGGAGGAUGUCGUCUGGAGCUCUGUUCCCCAGCCUGGUCUCUGGCUCCCGCAGCUCGUCCAGUAAAUAUCUGGUAGAGUUCAGGGCCGGUAAGAUGACCCUGAAGGGCAGCACAGUGACCCCGGACAAGCGCAAAGGCUCCGUCUACAUCCAGCAGACAGACGACUCGCUCAUCCACUUCUGCUGGAAGGACCGGACCUCUGGAACUGUGGAGGAUGAUCUGAUAAUAUUCCCGGAUGACUGUGAGUUCAAGCGGGUGAACCAGUGCACUACAGGACGCGUGUAUGUGCUGAAGUUCAAAGCCGGCUCUAAAAGGCUCUUCUUUUGGAUGCAGGAGCCGAAAACGGAUAAAGAUGAGGAGUACUGUCGCAAAGUCAACGAGUACCUGAACAACCCCCCCAUGCCAGGCACUCUGGGCAGCGGAGGAGGUGGUGGCCACGAACUCUCUGCUCUUGGUGGAGAAGGUGGUCUGCAAAGCCUCCUGGGUAAUAUGAGUCACAAUCAACUCAUGCAGCUGAUUGGACCAACAGGACUGGGAGGACUUGGCGCUCUGGCUGGUCCAGGUCUGGCCGGUCUGUUGGGCAGUGGAGGUCCUGCUACCAGCAGCUCAACCUCGAGCUCCCGCAGCCAAUCAGCAGCAGCCACUCCCUCCUCUGGAUCGGCCGCCCGCCUCAGCUCCACCCAGGUACCCACCACACCUGUGACCCCUGCUGCUACCUCCACCGGCUCGCCCACGGUGACCCCCACCACCCCUGCAGCCCAGACUCCCUCCAUACCUGCGGGACCCCCCUCCAGCACGCAGCCCAUCCAGCUGAGUGACCUCCAGAGCAUCCUGGCCACCAUGAACGUGCCUGCCAUGGCUGCAGAGGGGCCAGGAGUGGACUUGGCGAGCGUGUUGACCCCUGAUGUCAUGGCUCCUAUUCUGGCUAACCCUGAAGUGCAGCAGAGACUGCUGCCGUACCUGCCGUCAGGAGAAUCGCUCCCGCAGAGCGCUGAAGAGAUCCAGAACACACUGACCUCUCCACAGUUUCAGCAGGCGAUGAGUAUGUUCAGCAGCGCUCUGGCCUCUGGUCAGCUCGGCCCUCUCAUGAACCAGUUUGAUCUGCCCUCUGAAGCAGUGGACGCAGCUAAUAAAGGAGAUGUGGAGGCGUUCGCUAAGGCCAUGGAGGGCAGAGAUGGCAAGACAGAUGACGGCGAAUCCAAAGACAAGAAAGAUGAUGACGAGGACAUGAGCUUGGAUUAGAACAGCCUUCUGAACACAGCCAUCUCUCUGAAGUGUGUCUCGUGCUAAUCUGGGUUGUUUGCUUGUACUCAUUCAUUGAUUCACGUAUGUGAUUUGUAUGUCCAAAGCCACACUUUUAAACACUAGACUCUGUAAUUCCAGCAUGUGCAUCUGUGAAGUUGAUCAACUUGAAAUCAAAGUGACAUGAAACAUAAAAGAAAUCUUUAUUGCCAGUAAAAGUACAGCUGAGGAAAUCUGACAAAAUAUUGAGUUUUCAACUCCAGUGAUUUUAGAUAACACACAAUGAAUUCCUGUGGCACAUGGAAAAUCCACAUUAAAUUGCCCUCCAGUGUUUUUAUACAACUAAAUGCUCCCAUAAAACCCAUUUAAUGGUGUUUAGUCAUGAUCGUAUCAAUGAAAUGUACUAAUUAAACCUGGAACGAUAUGAA